AUGUCAGCCGCUCCCACCUCAGCGCCCGCCCAGGGUAUAGCGCCGAUUGGCAGCAUGCCGAAGACUGAGGGCAUUACUCCGGUGUCCAAUGGCCAGCCAGUCACACAAUCGGAUGGCAACGAUGGCCCGCAGGCCAACUGGGAGUCCGAGCUUCAACUUGUAUCAUCACUAGCGAAAUUGCAGGAGCUGGAACGGAAGUUGGCUGAUGAAAAGCAGAUUCACGAAUUACGCCUUUUCCUACCCGAGGGCCUUCUGGAUCCCCUUCUUCCAGGAAAGCCAGCGCCAGACUCACCGGCCCAGCUUCGUACUGAACUGGAUCGAGUGGCGCGCGAUCGUAUCACGCGUAUCGGGAAAUUCCAAUCUGAAUGGCGCAGCAUCGAGAUGAAACCUGUCUGGAGCCAAGUGGAGUCACGCAUCAAGGAGGCCAACGGCCAGCUCAUUCAACCGUCUUGUAUGUGGGAGAAGGAUUACGAUGUGAUUCUAAAGGGCCUUGUUGAGAAGGAAAAGAUGAAAGAGGUGGAGAGGGGCCGGGAAAAGGACCAGACAGAGCGAUCUAAUUUGCAAACUUCCCAGGGAGAAUGGGGGCUAUUAUCGAAAAGUUUUCUCAACGGAAUUUGCCUGAGGGAAGAACCGUUGUCGUUGACCGCUGUUCUUACGAAGGCGGGUAUCGUCUUUUUAGUCAAGGGUGUGAAGGAGUCGGAUACCUCGGGUGUGCCUGAAUGGCAGGUUUCCAGUCAAGCUCCUGCUGGUCGGUCCCUGACGAAGCUGGAGCAGGCGGUCCAGGACUGCUUGAACUCGCGAAAGAAGAAAUGGGAUCUUUCAUUCCUACUGGACAUGAUCUCGUCAUAUGCCGACAUCAAACAGACACCGUGUGCCAAAUGCAACAGACUCGCCAACGACGUCGCGCAGCUACCAGCCAUCCGCCGGUUCAGCUCAAUGCAAUCAUCACAGAACGACCAGCAGAUACCCAAAUUCGACGCCCUACACGCCACCUGCGCAUGA